CGAACUGUCAAUGUUUACAACCAGUAUUUAUUAGCAGCACUCUCCCACUACCGUCACUGCUUUACGUUCCGGCCGAGCGAAUGUUUGGGAGGAGGCAUCACCGACAUUUCGUCUUUGACAACCGGCCGAAGAAGCAUCUCGUGUCGCUGUUUGCUAUCCGGGCAUAGCGAGGAAAGGAAGAAAAAACAAGUCGUCGGCUGGGGUUCGCUCCGCAGGGGUAACGUUAGCCAGAGGUGAGGCGAAGCAGAGCAGACCCUGCCCUCACUGAUUGGAGAGGGAAUCGCGACCACAGCUCCAGCCGCACAGAGGGUCUGUGUCUUUGCCUCCAUCAUGCAGGCUUCCGUCCUUCUCCUCCUCCUGUCUCUCCUCUUUCCCACCUGCUCCUCCCAGAGUGAGGCAGACCUCAUCGUUCAGACACGUAGUGGUCCAGUCCGUGGGAUCCAUCUGCAACUUCCAGAACGAGGCUAUGUCACCGCUUUUCUGGGUAUCCCCUUUGCUGAACCACCGACCGGGAAGCUGCGUUUCCGUCGCGCUGAGCCCAAGAAGUCAUGGACACAGGUGCGGGACGCAAUCGCAUACCCCAAGGCCUGCUAUCAGUUUGUGGACACAUCGUUCCCUGGCUUCCAGGGCAGCGAGAUGUGGAACCCCAACAGAGAGAUGAGUGAAGACUGCCUGUACCUCAAUAUCUGGGUACCCCCCUCACCCAAACCACAUAAUCUCACCGUCAUGACAUGGAUCUACGGCGGAGGGUUCUACAGUGGUUCUUCUUCUCUGGACGUGUAUGAUGGGCGUUAUCUAGCUUAUAGUGAGACCGUCAUUGUGGUUUCCAUGAACUACCGGAUUGGUGCCUUCGGCUUCCUUGCUCUCCAUGGCUCCUCAGAGGCUCCUGGCAAUGUGGGUCUGCUAGACCAGAGAAUGGCGCUGCAGUGGGUACAAGACAACAUCCAUUUCUUUGGUGGAAACCCCAAACAGGUGACUAUCUUUGGUGAGAGUGCUGGUGCCGCCUCAGUAGGAUUCCACCUCUUGUCUCCAGACAGCCGGCCUACCUUCUCCAGGGCCAUCCUCCAGAGCGGAGUCCCCAACUGUCCCUGGGCCUCGGUCACUCCUGCUGAGGCUCGCAGACGGGCCACGCUGUUGGGCAAACUGGUUGGCUGCAACGGGGGCAACGAUACCGAGCUGGUGGACUGUCUGCGCGAUAAAUCUCCACAGGACCUCAUCGACCAGGAGUGGCAGGUCCUGCCGUGGUCAGCCCUCUUCCGGUUUUCAUUUGUCCCUGUUGUGGAUGGCGAGGUUCUGCCCGACACUCCCGAGGCCAUGCUCAACUCAGGAAACUUUAAAGACACUCAGAUCCUGCUCGGGGUCAACCAGGACGAGGGCUCCUACUUCCUGUUGUAUGGAGCGCCAGGCUUCAGCAAGGACAAUGAGAGCCUUAUUUCCAGAGAGGACUUCUUGGAAGGUGUCAAGAUGAGUGUACCACAUGCUAACGAUAUUGGCCUGGAGGCGGUGGUGCUACAGUAUACUGACUGGAUGGAUGAGAAUAACGGGAUGAAGAACCGUGAAGCCUUGGAUGACAUCGUGGGUGACCACAACGUCAUCUGCCCGCUGGCCCACUUUGCUCGCUCCUAUGCCCAGAACAACGCCAUCAAAGCUAACAUGGGAGGAGCCAGUUCCGGGGUGAUGACCAGUGGAGGAAACUCACAAGGAGGGGUCUUCGUCUACCUGUUUGACCACCGAGCAUCCAACCUGGCCUGGCCAGAGUGGAUGGGUGUGAUCCAUGGCUACGAGAUCGAGUUUGUCUUUGGCCUGCCACUGGAGAAGAGACUUAACUACACCCGAGAGGAGGAGAUGCUGAGCCGACGCAUGAUGAGAUACUGGGCCAACUUUGCACGAACUGGAAAUCCCAAUGGGAACCAUGACGGUCUGGUGGACACCAAGAGGCGUUGGCCUCUUUUCACUAUCAGCGAACAGAAACAUGUUGGACUCAACACUGAUCCACUGAAGAUCCACAAAGGUCUGAGGAACCAGAUGUGUGCUUUCUGGAACCGCUUCCUGCCACGCCUCCUCAAUAUCACUGACAACAUCGAUGAGGCAGAGCGUCAGUGGAAGGUGGAGUUCCAUCGCUGGUCCUCCUACAUGAUGCACUGGAAGAGCCAGUUUGACCACUACAGCAAGCAGGAGCGCUGCACUGACCUCUGAGAGCCUCAGCAGAGAGAUGAGAGAAUGACUGGGAGGGGGGAGGCAGAGAGCCAUGGCAGUUUUCCUCCAUAGCCCCUCAGUGAAGUCUAACUUCAUUUAACUUUUGUGUUCCGUUCUGUUUUCUGUUUCACUACACACACAAACUCGGGAACUGUUGAUCUUUAUUUAUUUUAUUUAUACUAUUUAUUUACGGGUUGUUUUUCUGAACUUGUGUUUGUCUCUGUGGGCUAUGGAGGGAAUUUGUCAUCAAUGUGGAAGAAUAUUCAAAAUGUAAAAGAUGUGUGUGUCAUUACCUCGUGUGUGUGUGUGUGUGUGUGUGUGUGUGUGUGUGUGUGUGUGUGUGCGUGCGUGUGUGUGCGUUUGUGUGUGUGUGUGUGUGUGUGUGUGUGUGUGUGUGUGUGUGUGUGUCUUAAAAGUCCCCAGUUUAACUCAAAUCUCGACAGGCUGGUUUGCUGUUGACUCACUGUUGAGGAUUUCUUCUUUCCAACAUAUCAGGGUUUUGUUUUUUGGACUCAGCAACACUGUUUAUUUCUGUCUCACAUUUCUGUUGAAGCCUAAGUCUUGUUCUUGUUCAUUACUACUAGUAUGACCAUUAUUCCCAUUACCUGUUGCGUUGCUUCACUUUGUUUUGUGUAUUUCUCCUGUGGUAAAGCCAUAAACUGGGUUACAUCCAAGUGUUUGGCGUGUGAAAAGGCUUCAUGGAAACAUUCAGACUCCCUAACCUGUGACAUGUAAGUUAGAUUCUUCCUGUAGAUUUUUACUGUAGAUGGUGACAUUCAUCCUAGUGCCUAAUUUAUAUUUCUUUUCAAAAGUUCACUUUAAAUCAGCUUGGUAGUUGGAACAGAAACUGUCUAUUGAAAAAAUCUGAACAAAUAUCCCUGCAAAAGGAAAGUGAAUAAAUUUAAAAGAUUGUAACUACUAACUCAAGAGUACAAGGUGACGUCAGAUUGUUUUGUGUGAUUACCAGUCCAAAACGCUAAAAUAUAAAAUUUUCUUAAAGAACAGCAGCCGACUCUCAUAUUUGAGAUUAUUGAACCAUCCUGUUUUGGCAUUUUUUACUUGAAAAUUGACGAUUAAUCAGUUAUCAAAAUAGUUGCAGAUACAAUUUCAUUAAAUCAACUAACUGAUUAAUAAACUCAUCAUUGCAGCUCUAAUCUUAAAUCUGCUAACAUAAGCUAAUUGUCAUGCCAGACAAAGUAAAACUGCAAAAUUGAGCAUGGGUGGGGUUUACUGUCAUGAUUUAAACUUUUCAUUUGUAAGAUGAAGAUUAUGUUAUUUUUUAUCAAGUUAUGUGGUCUCACUAAGCCGUUAUAUGUUGGAUUUGAAAAAUGUACAUUUUUGCGUCUUUUAAUCUGGUCCUUUUGGUGAGAUGUAAGAAGUGGGACCUCUAUUUGUUCUGGAAAUGUGGGCUGAAAUUACAUUCUUAAAUUACAAUAUCAAAAAAUGUGUCGGCUGAUUUAAUGUGAAAUAAUUCAAUAUUUCACCAUCAGAGCGGAAUUAUAAUUUUUAAGUGUUGAGAAGUAUGUUACAGUAAACAGUACCCAUGUUUCAAAAUAAAACUUAGACUGAACUAACCAACUAACUAAAGCAAAGAAUUAACUGAGUAAAUAAAAAAUAUAUAUAUAUGUAUUUAUGUAUUUCAUUAACAUUUCUGUGUGUGUGUGUCACACACACCUCCCUCUCUGUUCAUUUCAGUCCUCACUGCUCUGUUCAUCUUUUCACUUCUUUUCCCUCUUAUCCUCCCUCCCUUUUUUUUCCAUCUCACAUCUCCCUGCUUACUGUUUCUUUACUUUCCUUCAUUCUAUUUUCCCAACUGCACCCAUUCUCUCAUCCUCCAUUCCUCCACUCCAAUCUUCAUCUUCAUAUUAAUUAACCUCCAACCACCCUCCUGUUUCUCUUACCCCUUUCAUCCUUCACUCACUCCUCUCCCUCUUACGUCAGACCUCCUUUUUUCAACUCUUUAUACCCCCUCUUGUAUCUCUUUUUCCUUCCACUUCAUCUAACUUUUCUCCUCUUCUUCAUCUCUCUCAUCUCUCUUUCCUUCCUCAUCAAUCUUUCAGUUGCAUCACUCUUCUCCUCCCCCUCCCUGCCCCUCCCCCACCUCUUUCCAUCCUCCUGCUUUCUCAUUAGUCUAAUGGAGGCACAGUAAUCCACUCAGCAGCGAAUAAUGUGACAGAGCGCUGGCUGAGCCUCUGGCCUGCCAGCCAACAGGACACAGAGGAUGGAUGGAUGGAAAAUGGAGGUGGAAAAGUAGAGGGAUGAGGCAAGGAGAAAGAGAUGGGAGGAGGGAAGAAGGGGGAUGGAUGAGGCAGAAGGAGAGGUGGAGAUGUGAUGGAAAAAUGAAAAGACAGUCAGAUAAAUACAUUACAUAAGUCUUACCCUUAGAAAAACUGUGUAUGUGAGUUGCAGAUUACUCAUGUGGCACUGAUAACAGAGAGAAUUCUUAAAAUGUAAUAAAAAGUUGAAAACCUUUGGCUAAAAUGACAAAAUUAUUAUUAAAUCAAUUGGUAAUGACUGGUAAUUUUGUCAUUUUAGCAAAAGGUUUUCAACUUAUAAUAUGCUGCUCAGAUUUGGGUUUCAGGGCAGAAGCAGGUUCUUAUGGGGCACCAUCCAGGAUUUGAUUGCCCCACCCCAAAAUACAGCUGCACGGGGUUACAUAACAGUUAGAUUUUUUUACCCUAAAAAACACUGACUUAAGGUUACAUAUUUUACAGAUGAAGACUUGUCUUGUAAUUAUAUGGAUUGGCUUUUUGUCAGCUCAUUCUUAUUGUAACAUUACAGUGAAAAUGUUUUAAUAGAAUUCUCAGCGAAAGAGAAAACUGAAGAAAAAAUCUUAAAUUGUGCCAUUGUACUUUUCUGAUGCUUUAGGUUGAAAGUGUACAGUUAUCAGCUGGUUUGCAAUACAUACAGAUCUUGUGCACACAAAACAUUAACUAGUGAAGUAAAUUCUUGAUUCCACACAAUAUUAAGUGUUCUUAUUUUGUGGGAACAAGAUCCUUAAGUUGUUGUAUGCACCAAAAAGUACUUAAUAAUUAGAGUAAUGAAUUAAUACUUGUGCGCUCAUGCUAUCAUCCAAGCUAUAAAAAAAAAAAUCUAUAUGGAAAAUCUUUCUGGACUGUGACGGUGUAGUUCAUUGUGUGUGUUAGGUGUGUGUGUGCGCGUGAGUGCAUGUGUGUAAUGUAAUCAUUGUACCUGUCUGUCAACCUCUUUGCCAUUUUUCUUUGAACACUGCGAGGGAACUGAAUCAGCUUUGAUUGGCUGAUGGCUGUUACUGUUGGCAUGUCAAACUCCUGUUUAUGGAUCCGAGUAGUGUAGUUUAGCUUGAGAGGAACUAAAUAUGAAUAAAGGAUUGUACCUGAAAUACCAGUGAAGAAAGCAUGUAGGACUGACUGGCUGUGUGAAUGACAGCUCCCCCAGCUCCUCUCAUCCAAUGGGAGACCCCGCUUAAGCCCAACCUCCUUCCCUUGCCCUCCUAUCAAAUCCUUGUGCAUGUCGUGAAGUUGCCCUGUCCCCAGUAUAUCCUACAAAACAUGGACUGUUAUUUUCUGUAAAAUUUAUACUUUUGAACAAAACUAUUAAAGUAAAUAAUAUAUCUCUAAUGUUAGGUACGUUUAAUGUUAGCAAUAACGUAAAUACGUCAGUAAAGGAAUAUAUUUGAUAUUUAAAUGCAGUGAAAAUAUAACGUGAUAAAACAACAAUGAUAACGGAUAGAGGUUGUGUUUUAAAAGCAAUAUUAUUCUGAGUAUAAACUAAACAUGAGUGCCAUAAAUGUUUUCUUGUGUUUUUAUGUUUGAUUGACUUUGUUUCAGUCCUCUGCCUCAUCGUUGUUUGUUUCAGUCACUAGUAGUCUACUGUAAGUGUUAAAGGCUUUUGUAGCUUCGCAGUAUGUCUCUGUGUAUCAUGAAUGCUGACUUGGUUAAGCUAUAGCAACAGAAAUAAAGACACCCUGCUGCUUC